GUCCAGAGUGAGAGACGCGCCGCAGAACCGCCGGAGAACCAGUGACGGGUCAGACAUCUAGGUUUUGGUCCCAGGUCGACCAUUGAGAAGAGGAAGUGGAAACAAGAGUCCUUCAAGUCCGUGAGAAAGCUGGCCUCGGGUUCAGGUACCAGGUCCGGAGGCGAAGAGUUCAACAAAUAGAACAUCUUAAUGGUGGUAACAAGAUACAUGAAACAGAACCGAACGAAGGCGGAGAUGGAGUCAGGACUGGGAUUUAGGAUCGCCUUGGUCAUCUUGGCUCUGACUCUGUGCGGCUGCGAGAGGGCGGAGGCUCAGAGGGCAGGAUGUAAAAAUGUCCACUACGACCUGGCGUUCAUCUUGGACACCUCCUCCAGUGUCGGGAAAGAUAAUUUUGAGAAAAUCAGGCAAUGGGUGGCCAACAUUGUGGACUCCUUCGACGUGGCCCCGGAGAAGACGCGGGUGGCCGUGGUCCGCUACAGCGACAGACCCACCACCGAGUUCACGCUGGGCAGGCACGCCACCCUGGAGGACGUGAAGCAGGCCGCCCGCAACAUACGCUACCUGGGGGGCAACACGAUGACCGGCGAGGCCAUCAACUACACCACCGCCAGCAUCUUCACCGAGCGGAACGGGGCCAGGCCCGCGGCCCGCGGCGUCCAGAGGGUGGCCAUCCUCCUCACGGACGGCCGGAGCCAGGACUACGUGCUGGAGUCCUCCAAGGCGGCCGCCAGGGCCGGCGUCAGGAUGUUCGCCGUGGGCAUCGGGGAGGCCCUGCGGGUGGAGCUGGAGGAGAUCGCGGCCGAGCCGAAGAGCGCCCACGUCUUCCACGUGACGGACUUCAACGCCAUCGACAAGAUCAGGGGCCGGCUGAGGAGGAGGCUGUGCGAGAAUGUCCUGUGUCCCAACAUGAAGGUUCAACCUGAUCGGUUUAAGCCCGGCAGCAGCAGUCAUGGCCUUGAAGAGGUCCCAGGGUUCAACCUGAUGGAGUACUUCAACGUGAGAGACGUUCUGGGCACUAAGGAGGACGAAGGCCAAAGUUCUUACGUUCGCCUCGGCACCAUGCCCAUUGUGCAGCAAACAGAGGAUGUGUUUCCUCAAGGGUUGCCAGAUGAAUAUGCCUUUGUGACGACAUUUAAAUUCAGGAAAACCUCAAGACGUGAAGAUUGGUACCUCUGGCAGGUUUAUGACAAAUAUGGAAUCCCACAGGUGUCCAUCCGCCUGGACGGGGAGAACAAGGCGGUGGAGUACAACGCUGUCGGCCUGACCAAAGACGCCGUCAGGGCCGUGUUCAAGAACCCCGAAGUUGACAACCUGUUUGACCGCAACUGGCACAAGAUCGCCCUGAGCGUGGAGGCCAAGUCCGUGUCUCUGUACCUGGACUGCAAACACAUCCAGACUCUGCCCAUCGAAGACCGGGAGGACAUCGACAUCCAGGGCAAGACCGUGAUCGGGAAGAGGCUGUAUGACAGCGUGCCGAUCGAUUUUGACCUCCAGAGGAUGAUGAUUUACUGUGACUCCAAGCAGGCAGAGCUGGAGACCUGCUGCGAUUUACCCAAUGGACCUUGCCCCAAGAAAGUAGUGACAGAGGCACCCCCCGUGGAAAUCCCAGAUCCCACACCUACCAGUGUGGAGCAGAAGAGAGGCCCCGAAGUCAACUGCUCGUGCGUUGCUGGAGACAAGGGAGCCAUCGGUGAGCCCGGUGUUGCAGGUCCUAAGGGUGGAAAGGGUGACGCCGGCUCUAAGGGCGCCAUCGGAGCUCCAGGAAUCAGAGGAGAAAAGGGAGACACUGGCAAUGUAAUAUCUGUCAAAGGUGACAGAGGUGAGAAGGGCGAUACGGGCAGAAUAGGGUUGACAGGUGGCCCCGGACAAAAAGGAGAGAAGGGGACGGGUGGCCUGCCAGGUAUCGACGGCUUAUCCGGAGACAAAGGAGACAAAGGUGAAGGAGGACGGGAUGGUGGUCCAGGUCUACCAGGUCUAGCUGGACAAAAGGGAAUUCAAGGGGACGAAGGGGUUGCCGGCACGCCAGGAGCCAAAGGUGUCCCUGGCGAAUCAGGUGGAAAAGGCGAAAAGGGAAUUUCGGGAGACAAGGGUGGGGCAGGUUUCGACGGAUUACCUGGCAAACCAGGUGCUCCUGGGAAGGAUGGUUUGAGAGGACUGGUCGGUGCAUCGGGACCCAGUGGAGUUAAAGGCAUCAAGGGGGAGAGAGGCCUUCCCGGAUUACCUGGGGAUGUGUUUCAAAAAGAAGGCUUACGGGGUGAAAAGGGGGAUGCAGGACCUCCUGGGCCUCCAGGGGCCGAGGGCCCCCCGGGGCCUGAAGGUCAACAGGGACCUCCUGGGAAACCUGGAGAGUUUGGCCAGAGGGGAAAGAAAGGAGAGGGUGGAUUGCCGGGAGUGGACGGCCUUCCCGGAUCCGCUGGUCCUCAGGGUCCACCUGGGCCCGCAGGAAGCACAGGACACACUGGACCUCCUGGUCUGCCUGGUGAAAUUGGGCGUUCGGGCAAAGAGGGCGAGCCCGGAAAGCCUGGUCAUCCUGGUAAAGACGGUCUCGACGGUCUUCCUGGCAACGACGGCACUAUGGGGCCCCGGGGAGAGCGCGGAGCAGAUGGCUUUGCCGGCAAGCCCGGACCAAAGGGUGACGAUGGGCCUCCUGGUCCCAGAGGACCUCCAGGGGACAGAGGAGAGCCUGGUACCCCUGGUCAGACAGGUGGGAAUGGAGUUAGAGGGGACAGGGGCGUUCCGGGAGAAAGAGGACAGGACGGACCACUGGGACCAAAAGGGGAAAAGGGGGACAAGGGGGACGAGGGAGCGAGGGGACUUCCUGGCAUCCCAGGGGAUGUGGCAAACGUGAUCCCCGAGCCUGGUGAACCUGGAAAACCUGGAGAGAAGGGAGCAAAGGGAGAUCAAGGGAACCCAGGAGAGAUUGGUCAAAGAGGUUUACCUGGUGAACAAGGCUUCAAGGGACCAGUUGGACCAGUGGGUCCAAAAGGCGACGCCGGACUAACGGGAGAGACGGGACGCGUCGGAGAUGCCGGUCCACCUGGCCUCGCCGGCCCUCAAGGUGCUCGCGGAUUACCCGGGACUGCGGGCAUACCAGGGACCAUCGGGCCUCCCGGUCCAGCCGGACAGAGGGGAGACAAGGGCGAAACAGGUAAGCCGGGACAAUCGGGUCCCGCGGGCCCACCUGGAGAUGGCGGUUUGACUGGACCCCCGGGACCACCGGGAAAGGGCAAAGACGGGCAGAAUGGGGAUCCAGGACCGCAAGGAAUUCAAGGACCUCCAGGGAUCAAGGGCCAAACCGGCUCCCGAGGAGAAGUGGGGCCCCCGGGGGACAGGGGUCCUGCGGGGGAAGGCCGAGCGGGACCACCGGGGCCUCCAGGAAGCCACGGCGACGCUGGAACUCCGGGCCUCAGGGGUCUCCCAGGAGUCUCCGGUCCUCAGGGCCCACCGGGACAUAAUGGUUUACCAGGAAGGCCAGGAGACAAGGGAUCACCAGGAGAUCCUGGAAAGGCAGCAGACCUGUCUGAACUGGAUCUGAAGGACGUCUGCUCAGACUGCCCCGCGGGCCCACCUGGACUGCCAGGUCUCCCAGGGGUCCCAGGGGACAAAGGACACCAGGGAACUCCGGGGAAAGACGGUCAAGAUGGCUACCAAGGCCCGCCGGGGACAGCCGGAGCUCAAGGGGCCCCUGGAGCCGACGGAGGAAAGGGUGUUAAAGGGGAUCGAGGACCCCCAGGAGGCCCCGGAGACAAAGGAGAAAAGGGUCACCCAGGACCGCCUGGUCAUCCGGGCCCCCCCGGCCUAAUGGGCACACCUGGUAACGAUGGGCUGCCUGGCCCCGUCGGCCCCCCGGGACCCCCCGGAGAAAAGGGCAAAGAGGGCCUCAAAGGAAUCCAGGGGCCAUCAGGUCUUCCCGGCUUGAUGGGUGAGCCUGGGAAGAUGGGAAAAGAGGGCCAACCAGGUGAACCAGGAGAGCCUGGGAAGCAAGGUGAGCCUGGACCACUAGGAAACCCGGGGCUCAGGGGACUCCCGGGCUUCAAGGGCCACAGAGGAGAGCCCGGGGCUCCUGGAGCGAAGGGUGAAGAUGGAAAGCCCGGAUCAUCGGGCCGCGACGGCAAACCGGGGAAGGAGGGCUCGAUGGGACCUCCGGGCAGAGAAGGCCUCGGUGGACCAAGAGGAGAGCCGGGCAAGCCAGGUGAACCGGGGCCUUCGGGAAAAGCAGGUCUCGCUGGAACACCAGGCCUCAGCGGAAACAAGGGAGAGCCGGGCAACCCCGGCUUACCGGGCUUCAGCGGGCCCAAGGGCCCCGCGGGUCCACCUGGUCCGAUUGGCCCGGAAGGGAAACAGGGGACGCCGGGCAGAGUUGGCGAUCGCGGCCUCAAAGGAGAUAAGGGAGACUCGGGCGUGAAGGGAGAUAAAGGACAAUCGGGAGACCCGGGGAUGCCUGGGAACCCCGGGCCCCCCGGCAGAAAGGGCCACACGGGGAUGAUGGGCAUGUCUGGACCUCCCGGAGAAUUGGGGGCUCCGGGGCCCCAAGGACCUUCGGGGAAUCCCGGUAUUCCAGGCCACAGAGGCGAGUCGGUGUCACUGGAACAGAUGAGACGGCUCAUCCAGGAGGAGCUGGCCAAACAGCUGGAUGCCAAGAUGGCUUACCUCAUGGCUCAGAUGCAGCCGGCCCACGUGAGGAGCACGGCCGGCCGCCCAGGACCUCCGGGCCCUUCAGGGAAGGACGGCAAUGUCGGACGACCUGGCCCCCCCGGGGAGCCCGGCGUGCCUGGACAGAACGGCGGGGAAGGAUCCAGGGGACCCAUGGGCCCUAAAGGCGACAGAGGAGCGAGGGGAGAACGGGGGGAACCGGGUGUCGGUGAAAGAGGAGAGCAAGGCCCCUCGGGCCCGAUAGGUCCAGCCGGGCUGCCCGGAUACGGCAAAGACGGGAGCCCCGGGCAAGCCGGAGCCCAGGGAGAGCCGGGGAACCCCGGCCCCCACGGUCAACCCGGACCCACGGGUCCCACCGGCCAGUGUGACCCCACCCAGUGUGCCUACUACGCCAGCCUGGCCCAGAGGCCCCACACCAAAAACGUCAAGGGGACCUAAGAGAGAGAAGGGACACAGAGCUUGAAGUCCACCUGUAUUUAUGAACUUGGUCCGAAUCAAGAACUUUUUACAUUUGUUUUCUUUUCAGUAUGGGGGGGCAGAAGCAGGUCCUUUGUUUUGGUUUAUAUUUGGCACAACGUUUAAGGAAGGAUUCAGAAUCCAGGGGGGGCUUUUAAAAAUGGCUUAGAGGGGGCAGCUGAUCCUCCUGUAAUUGUUUCAUCAUCAGCCGUCUCAAAAGUUCAGCCAGGCGUUUUCUUGCAGCUUUUUAUUUUUUCUGCCUCACGACAUGAGAAACUAACCCACCCCUCCCCCCCACCCCUCCGAGCGUCGAGCCACAGAAGUCAGUUCCUGCUCACUGACUCCGUCUCUGGCUGGGGAUCGGCGGCGACAUCAUCACUCAGUGGGGGAGUAAUCUGUUUCAUUGUAAUUGAGGGGGGGGGGGGGAGGACAUGCACCAGUAGUGAUAUUGCGUAGGAGUGUUAGUGAGUGAGUGCGGGUACAUUUUGUGGCCUUAUUCUCUCCAUGUAGCAGUGUGCUUAUGUGGCCUUGUUUCGGAUACCAUGGCCCCCCCAAAUACAAUUAAUCCUUAAAACCAAUUGGAAUGGGAUUGCGUUAUUUAGACAUGAACAAAACAAGCUUUUUUUAAAGAUAUUGCCGCUCUGCCUCAACUCAUCCAUUAGUGCCAUCCUUGGCCCUGAUGUUUCCAGGUUUGGGGGGGGGGGCUUGUUUGCUUGUUUUAAAGAUGGCGGUGGAGAAACGGCUUUGAGGAGGUUGUCUAAUUGACGCCUUUGUUCGCCUCUCUUGAAAAGCUUCCUGUUUCUCACCGCUUGCUCUAAACGUGUCACUUCCUCUCUGCCCCGCCCCCCCCCCCCGCUGUGAAAGGACAUCGUCCUUUCUCAUUUGUCCCCCAGAGCCCCUUAAGUUGGCGAGUUGCUUCCCUGCAUCCUGUUGAGCAGACACCUAAUAACCCCCCCCCCCCCCCUCACCUCUCCCAAGCCUCAGAGGUGCUGGUCAUCUUGAACUUCAUUAACAUCCUCCACAAAAGGGAUCCCAUUUGUCUUCCUUUCACCAACAUGAAGCGAUGCACACCGCAGUGGAGGAGAGGACCCAGACGUGCCAUGAGAUCAAAGGUCAGCGAUGGUCUCAACCUCUUGCUCGGGUCACCUGGUGGCAGUUCGUUCAUGAAAUGCGGCUGCGACAACUUAGUGAAGCAGACUGGAGUUCAUCAACAAAGCUUUGUCGUUCUUCCCAAAAGUAGAAUUUAUUGAAAAUAUAAAACGCCCUCGCUAAAUUGAGUGCUUGUGUUACUGCAGCUUAUGAGGGUGAAUGAUGUAAAGGUGCAAGAUGAAGAACAUUCAUGUAGCAGCAAAGAACUUUCUAUGUGGAGAUUGUACUGCUGAAGACCAUCGGCUCAGCUCCCCCCCCCCCCCCUCAUAAAGAGAGUCUCGCAGAUGGCCCCUGGACCUCCUGACUCCAUAUUGCACACUUCCCUUCUAGCUACCUGGGGACACUUCCUCAAACUACAGUAAUCAGAGAAGUUGUCUUUGUAGCAGUACAUGGCAGCAUGUUGUCUGAGGAAAGGACGAAGCUGAGUGCUUCGUCUCAACCGCUUCAGUCACCAAACAUUGUGUCACGUUAAGUUUAAAGUGAAACGUAUUAUUGGAAUAUAGCUGCUCUUUAAACGGUAAGAUUUUUGCUGCUUCAUUGAACAGUUGAACCAUAUCAGUAUUUUUCCCUUCCUGGUUACAGUUCAAUUCAAUUCAUUUUAUUUUGUAAAGCCCAAAAUCGCAUAUUACAAAUUUGCCUCAGAGGACUUAUUUGUAAUUUGCGAUUUUGGGCUAUACAAAAUAAAAUGAAUUGAAUCACAGUCACGGAUAUAUUCUGUUAUCGGGUUUGAUACGUUGGUUUUAGUUUUAGUGCAAACACCUUUCAGUAUUCAAAUGACUGUCUUUGCUGACUGAAAGUUAUUCACAAUUUGAUCCAAUACAAAUGAGUUGUAACGCAUUGACUAAAGUGCAUUAUCCUAUUUUCCAUCCUUUUUUUCCUCUUUACUAUUUGGUGCUAAGAUAUUUUAAAUUAGUUGCAUAUUGUAAGUUUGGUAAAUACACGUACUGUACUGUAUAAUAAAGACUGGAAAGGAUUCAUUUUAUAAUA